GCAAUGCCGCGCAUAGACGCCGUUAACGUGUUCUUGCGAAUGACUGGGUGCACCGAUAGUAAGAGAAUGCUUUACUUGACGUAUUUCGAAUUUUUCAUAACGUUUUAUUAUUUCAUCACGGCGUAUGUGUCAAUUAUCUAUCACGAACAGAGCGUAUCCAUCAAACUAUUUACAUUGUUGUGCAUGUUGAUAGAAUGUGUAAUACUGCUGAACAUCACUUUUCGGAUCUAUCAUCAAAAUCAAUUCCGUGAAAUGGACCAGUACUCGAAACGGUCGGGAAUACCGGACGACUAUCAAUCGAAAAUAAACAUAAUAACGAUGUACCAUCUGAUAGCGUCGAACAUGUUUGUAAUUUUCCCGGCCACCUAUGCGAUUCUUAGUGAUUCGGUACGUGUAGGUGAUCCCUUCACGUUUCCUUUCUUAGAUGUGUUACCGAUAAAGACCGACAAUCUCGUGAUUUACGCGUGCAAAUACUUUGUAUACGCAAUAUCCGUGUACAUAGCACACGUCGAACUUUGUUUUAUAAACACGACGUUUAUAUAUUAUGUGGGCGUUUUGAAAAACAGGUUAGAGGCUAUUGUACAAACGAUUCGAGAAGCUGUUGUCGACAACGAUGAACAAAAAAUGAAGUAUGCAGUCAUUCAACAUCAAAGGUUAUUAACAUAUUUUAAUACAAUGAAGAAAGUAUUUACGAAACCAAUAUUACUAUCAAUGUCAUUCAAUGCUAUAUAUUUUGGCUUGACUACUUCUCUAGUGAUUCAAGCUAUUCGGGGUUAUAUUAAUCAAACAAUAUUAUCAAUAUGUAUAGCCAGCAGUAUAGCAGCUAUUAUAAAUAUUACAAUUUAUACUUUUUAUGGAAGUGUGCUUUUCGAUUUACACGAUGAAAUAUUACAUGUCCUUUUUGAUAAUUCAUAUUUUUAUCUUAACAAAUCGUUCAAAAGUUCUAUUUUAAUAAUGAUGACAAGAGCUACAAUACCAUUAACAUUUACAGUUGGUUACAUUUUUACCAUAAAUUUAAAUUUACUUCUAAAAAUAGUAAAGAUGUCAUAUACAGUGCUGAACGUGUUACUGUCAUCGGAAAUUAUAAAACCUCACAAGUUGUCAUAAUAAUGAAAUGAAGAAAUAAAAUGAAAUAGAUACUAUCACUAUAGAUAAGGUAAAUUUGUAAUAUUUUAAUUGAAUUUAGUAUAUUACGGUUCUAAAUAACUAUGACGAUAAAUUGUAUAAUAGUCAGACGAAAAAAAUUCCCGAUAAAAAUAAUACUAAAAAUAAUAUUUGGUAAAAAAAAGUUCCGAAAAUACUUAUUUUUAUACAAUUGGACAUUUAAUUUUGUUAUUAUUAUUUGAAAGAAUUAGUUAGGUCUAUGUGCUAUGUAAAAUGCACGUACAUGUAAAUCUCUCAUCUAUUGUAUUAUGUAUCAUAACCCGUCUUUUUAACUUGAUUCGAUAUUUGGUACCCUAGAAAUUUCUAAUUACAACUAACAAUCAUACUAUAAAUGUAAUGAAUUGUAAUAAGUCAUCAUAUUAGAAAAGCUUAUGAUUGCAUUU